AUGUCGUUCCUUGCCGCAUGGACUAGCGGCUUGAGCCUUCGGUCUCGCACUCUACCGAUAACGUCUCCGAGGCUGCCAUGCUUUCGAGCUGUGCAUAGUUCGAGUGUUGCCCCAAAGCGCGUCCUUGAACAAUUGCGCCUGAGCAAACAAGCAACUCGGACACCUGGAGGCACACUCAAGGUGCUGAGGCGUUCUACCCUUUGGAUGCAGGAUAGGCACAUCACGCUGCGUACCAGCCAUAGACCAUCGUUUGACCCGCGUUUCUUCUCGAGCAACGCUCCGGCCCCAGCUGAGCUACCCGUCUUGUCUCCGCCUCCUGUCGCUGGUUGGCUUCUGCUUUCUUCGGUCCUAGUAUUCGCUGUCAUCGUGGUUGGAGGCGUCACUCGUCUCACCGAGUCUGGAUUGAGCAUCACGGAAUGGCGUCCUAUAACUGGUGUGUUACCACCCUUGUCCGAGGCUGAGUGGAACGAAGAGUUCGAGAAAUACAAGGCCACCCCCGAGUUCAAGUUGCUCAACCACUCCAUCACACUGAAUGAAUUCAAGGAUAUCUUCUACAUGGAAUGGGGCCAUCGAGUCCUCGGUCGCCUUAUCGGAAUUGCCUUCGUUGUUCCCCUCACUUACUUUGCCAUUCGCAAACGUCUCACAGCGACGCUUCCGAGACAGCUCUUUGGCAUGGCCGUCCUGAUCGGUCUGCAGGGUGCGCUUGGGUGGUACAUGGUCAAGUCUGGUCUGGAAGACUCCCUCAUGGACACGCCGGGAGCCGUGCCGCGUGUCUCUCAAUAUCGCCUUGCCGCUCAUCUGGGCACUGCGUUUGUGUUAUAUGCUGGGAUGUUCGGCACAGGCCUCGCCGCAUUGUAUGACUGGCGAUACGCCACGAAAGGCGUAUGGGGCGGCUACAAGGGAGACAACAUCCAGUGGAAGGCCGCCUUGGACCAUCCUCUCGUACGACGUUUUGCGAGAUACUCGAAAAUCCUGACUGGACUCGUCUUUCUCACUGCCAUUUCAGGGGCCUUCGUCGCUGGUCUCGACGCUGGAUUAUUAUAUAACGAGUUCCCUCUCAUGGGCGGACGCCUAGCGCCGCCAACCGAUGAGCUCUUCUCUGCCUCAUACGCCAAAGCUCCGGAUGGCUCGGAUUUGUGGUGGAGGAACGUCUUCGAGAACCCUACCACAGUUCAGUUUGACCACCGCUGCUUGGCGAUCACAACGUAUGCGGCAACCACAGGCUUAUAUGCCAUGGCGCGUUAUUCGGCCCUGCACGCUGUGCUACCGCCCCUUGUAAAGCGCAUGGCGGUGUCAGCAUUUGCAAUGGCCAACGUCCAGGUCUUGCUUGGCAUCUCCACUCUGCUAUAUCUUGUUCCCGUCCCCCUCGCCGCUGCGCACCAGGCGGGCAGUGUGCUGCUUCUCACCACAAUGAUUCAGCUGUUGGUUUCGUUGCGGCGGCCUGGCGCUGCAGCAAGAGCAUGGCGGCAGGCUUUGCUAGCUAAGAGAGCAAAGUCAUAG